AUGGUAUGCACCAAACACCAGCAGGCCAGCAAUACAAGGCCCAUCACACGACGUGAGGGCAGGUUGGUACACAACAGCAACACAGGAUGUGGCACCCGGUGCCGGAACGCAUAUGACAAAGAGGCGAGCACCGAAGAAGCGGCAUGCACCACACCUACCGGUUCACCUUAUAAACAGGCAACUGCACCACCAAUUACACCGAUGACAGCAAUUAAAUGUGGGCCGGCUAUUAAUUUAUGUUCACCACAAGUGUCCAGCCUACGCACACAGUUGAUGCGACCACAUAAUUUCGCUUCACGCACUUUCAUACGAACGGAUACUUGCACACAUUGUCAAAAAAAAAUUCGCUUUGGUACGGUAGGUGUCCGCUGUAGGGACUGUCCAGUACGUUGCCACGCAGAUAUCGGCCGCAUUGGUGCCGAGUGAGGCCGCGUACCACAAUCGGCACGCUCACAAUUGAAAGGCAGCAUGAGAGGCAUCAGUGAUGAGUGCGCCGAACGUCAGUCACCGAUGUGGGUACGGCACUUGUUGUGGCAUUGCGUUAAUGAAACGCCGAAUCACGCGGUCUCAACGGAGGUCGCGUGCAUUUAUCGUGCAUCGGGUUCGGAGCGUGAGGUCAAGGCACUGCGAGCGCGCUUUACGCGGUAAAACACACACGCACAUCUGGGCAACAUUGAUGCACAGGCGUAUUGUGUGGCUGUGAAAAGAUUUUUGCGUACCCUUACGUGAACCACUCCACCUACCACCAAUCGGUGGAAAGAUUUCUGUAAUGCGGUGCAACAGCCCACAGAGGUUGAGAUACAAAAAGAUCUCUUUAAGGCAAUUGAUGCUUUACCAGCAGCAAAUCGCGAUACUUUAGCAUUCUUAAUUCUGCAUUUCCAACGUGUUGCUGAAUGCCGCGAAGUUCUUAUGCCGAUUGAUAAUAUUGCGCGUGUAUUUGGACCAACUAUUGUUGGGUAUUCAUCCGCUGAUCCAGACCGACACGCCAUCUUCACUGAAGUAUACAUGCAGUUCACCACCAUGCAGAAUUUGUUGAAAAUCCCUGGCGAUUACUGGUCACAAUAUGUGAUAUUGGAUAUAGAUAAGGAGAACAAUCAAACAAAUGGCUCAACCAAUACUAUAAUUAUUUAA